AUGAUGUACACACCGCAAGCAAGACCUACAUUCAAUGAUUCAUGUUUUGUGGAUAUCGACUUAUCAGAUGACAUUAAACGACGCAACAACGAAGUGUCCGAACGUCCUUUGCAGGUCACUGUUGCUAUGGAUACCGAACCAGCCAUGUCCAUCUGGAAAGCAGCCGAACUGGGCAAUAUUGCUGUACUUUCGUAUUUUAUUCACCAUUACCAUGGGCAACAAGAGAAAGUAACUCAACUGUUAAACUCGCGUGAUCCUACCACUGAAUGCACUUUAUUGUAUUUAAUUAUCUCCAACAAUCCAGAUCCAUUACAGUCAUUAGAGCUCUUACUAGAAUACGGUGCAGACGUAACAUCACGCAAUAUUUAUAAUGUGCAAGCGAUUCAUGCAUUGUUUCUUCGAUGCACAGACCCUUUAGAACCACUGGCAUUGUUAAUAAAGUACGAUGCCGAUCCCAAUGCACGUGAUGGUGACGGUUGGACGCCUGUUCAUUAUGCAGCACGCUUUUGCGAGACACCCGACCCAAUUCUAAAGUAUUUAGUGAGCGUGGGAGCGGAUAUUAAUGCUGUCGAUGCCAGUAAAAAGACAGCUUUAUUUGGACUAUUGGCCAAUGGUGAUCACAGUAUGACUUUGGACUGGUUAAUUCAUAGUGCCAAAGCAUCAAUCAAAUUCGGCUUCAGCUAUGGAGAGUUUAGAGUCGAUAUUAACAAGGGAUGA